AUGCCGAAGAAAAUGGGUGUGAACAGCAAGUCCGAGGCCGCCAAAUCCCGCAAGAACGCAGCCGAGGCAGAGCAGAAAGAUCGCCAGAGUCGAGAGAAGGAGGAACAAUACUGGCGCGAAGCGGAAGGUCCAAAAUCCAAGGCGGCAAAGAAACGUGAGGAAGAAGCUGAGAAGAAGGCAGAGUCCGCCUCCAAGAAAGCGGAGGCGAAGCGUCUGGCGGAGCAGGAAGAGAAGGAGCUUGAGAAGUGUCUGAAAGUCAACCGCGUUUCUUCACCGGUUCCAAAGGUGACGGAGGCGGAGCUAGUACGGAGGCGAGAGGAGGAGCAGGCGGCGUUGGCGAAGAAAUCGGAAGAGGCUAAGAAGAAGCAGAGACGUAUGGCGGAGGAAGAGGAGUACGAGAAGAUGGUGUUGGUGUCUAAUACGAACCGUGAUGAUUCACUCAUUGAGGCACGUACUGUUGACGAGGCGCUUGCCAAGAUGACCGUUGCUGAUAAACUUCCUGUUGAUCGUCACCCUGAGAAAAGGCUCAAGGCUUCCUUCAAGGCCUAUGAAGAAGCUGAAAUGGCGAGGGUGAAGGAGGAGAAGCCAGGUCUUACGCACACUCAGUACAAGGACUUGAUUUCGAAGAUGUGGAAGAAGUCUCCUGAUAACCCUCUUAACCAGGUUUACUAA